AUGUCUGAUGACGAAGAAGAUGCAAGCGUCUACGAUCAAGAUGACGACUCGACGCCUCCAACAUUUUGGCGUGCAAGUGCAAACGCAGUGGAAGCAACGGACCUAGCAGAACCUGUGACUUUUCAAGACGCGAUCAAUGGUCCUGAUCAAGCUCACUGGCGAAAUGCUGUGAAGACGGAACUCAAGUCGAUGCAUCUUCGUGGAGUUUUCCGUGCGGCAAAACUUCCGAGAGUCCAAGGCGCGAUCGGCACCAAGUGGGUGUUCAAGAUCAAGCGCAAAGCGGAUGGAUCGGUCGAGAAAUACAAGGCGCGUCUCUUUGCCAAGGGCUUCAAGCAGAAGUACGGCAUCGACUACACAGAGACGUUCUCGCCCGUGGUCAAGUACGUGACACUGCGUAUGGUGAUCGCGAUCACCAAGUAUUUCGACUGGCCACUGGACCAACUCGAUGUGGUGACAGCCUUUCUCUACGGAGUGAUGAAGGAGAAGGUGUACUGCGUGAUACCAGAAGGCGUCGAGAUGGAUGGCGACUUCGACUGUCUCGAGUUGGUGAAGGCGAUCUACGGUCUCAAGCAAGCUUCACGUGUGUGGAACGAGACUUUCGACGAGUUCGUAUGCUUUAUCGGUUUCGAAGUGUCGGCGUUCGACCCAUGUCUCUACAUCAAGGUUGUCGACGGUCACUGUGUGCUCGUGCUGGUCUACGUGGAUGACGUGUUGGUCACCGGCAGCUCGCUCGAGUUGAUUGCGCAGACGAAGGCCGACCUCAAGACGCGUUUCGAGAUGACCGACAGUGGCAAGUGUACUUUUGUACUGGGCAUCGAACUGGUGGACGAAUCGGAUGGCAGCGUGACGAUGUGCCAGCGACGGUAUGUCAACGACAUCCUCAAGCGCUUCGGCAUGGAUGAGUGCAAGGCCACAGCAAGUCCGGUCGACUUGAGCACUCGGCUUGUCGCAAGCAGCGAAGCGGCCAAGAUCGACGUUCCGUUUCGUGAAGCUAAUCCGCAGCAAGACCAUUGGACGGCGGUGAAGCGCAUCUUUCGUUACUUGCAAGGGACCAAGUCGCACGGACUCCGCUUCCAGCCAAGCGACAAGAUCGACUUUCGUGGCUACUCGGACGCGGACUGGGCCGGCGACCACGCUGAUCGCAAGUCGACUUCGGGUUACACUUUUAUGCUGAUGGGUGCUCCUGUGAGUUGGGGAAGCAAGAAGCAGUCAAGUGUGUCGCUGUCGACGAGUGAAGCGGAAUACAUCGCACUGAGUCUGGCCAUCCAGGAAGGCAAGUGGGUGCAUCGCCUGCUAUGCGAGAUUUUGGCGGCCGCAAACGAACCAGGACCGGACCUCAUCAUCCGUGAAGACAACCAGUCGUGCAUCAAGAUGACGAAGAAUCCGGUGAAUUAUGGCCGCGCCAAGCACAUCGACAUCAAGUACCAUCACAUCCGUGAUGAGGUCAAGCGCGGUGAAGUGAAGCUCGAGUAUUGCGAGACUUCCGUGAUGAUGGCGGACAUCAUGACCAAGGGACUUUCGGGACCUCGUCACAAGGACUUGACGACGGCUCUCGGCAUUCGUGCGAGUUCGGAUUGA